AUGAUUAAAAACGCUAUUAGGAUUUUACGAGAAUCUCCAAGGAAGUAUCUGGAAAACGAAGUAACCAUCCACUACAAGACCCCAGUGCGACAAGAAAUAAAAGAAUACCUAAGCGAAGACGAAUUGGCCCAUCGACAAGCAGAGGCUAUGAAGAAAAUUUAUCAAGAAGAGAGACGGAAGAAAUAUCUGCAGGUUAGCAAGUCACUUCAAGAACUUCAAGACAUGAAUUCCAGAAGGCACACAGACAAUUUCAUUCCCUCCCAAAAAUCUCCAAUAUCCCUUAAUCGAUAUGACGACUUUGAGGAUCUAGCACCAUCUGUAAAACCACGACCUCGAACACCAGAACCUCGAAUUUGCGCUCGAGCCCUUUACAACUUCGUUGGUCAAUCAGCUAGAGAACUGACUUUUAGAAAAGGUGACAUUAUCUAUCUUAGAAGACAAAUAGAUAAGAAUUGGUAUGAGGGUGAACUUAAUGCAAUGGUUGGUCUGUUUCCGGCUAAUUACGUAGAGAUUAUUCCUUUUGAAGGAUUAAAAUCCAAAUCAACAAUCAGAAAAGCACACGAGGGGCAGGCACGUGCUAAAUAUAAUUUUGUAGCCCAAACAUACUUGGAACUGUCCCUUGCAAAGGGUAUCUUUCCCGCCAAUUACGUCGAAGUUCUCAUCGAUCCCCAAACGCCGCCUGCAUCUAAUACCAAACCGGUAGCAUCUCCAGCAGCCCACUCUCUACUACUUAACGGAUCUGCGGGCGGUAAAGAAUCAAUGGGUACGCACAGCUACACGCCCAACAUUUCGAGCUCCCAACUUGGGCCCAGUUAUCAUGCGAAACCCGUUCACGUUCUUAACAAUGGAUCUAUUGGUUCGUUACACACAAGCAGAAACGCGGCAUUGAAUCAAGCGCUGCAUAUAGAAACUCAGAAUGAGCCCACACCAUACCGAGCCAUGUACAAAUAUAAGCCCCAGAACGAAGAUGAACUAGAAUUACUAGAAGGCGAUACCGUCUACGUCUUAGAAAAAUGCGACGAUGGCUGGUAUGUUGGUUCCAGUGAAAGAACAGGAGCCUUCGGCACUUUCCCGGGAAACUAUGUAGAGAAAAUUUAGCAAAAAGUUCCUUUGCUGUAUCUUGUUUAGAUUGAAUCUGUCUGUCAUUUAACCCGUUUCAAUUAUGGUGCCUAAUAAUUUAUAACCAUCAACUGCCAAUUUUUUGAAAAAAAAAGUUAGCUAAACCGAGAUAUUAUUAACCAAGUCAAGCACAAAUUUCGGUUUCUUCUGCCAAAGAAAUGUGUUACCUUUUCUGAAAAGAUGUUUCUAAAUAGGGCUUCCGAUAAUAUUAAAAACCAAGUAGAAAAGUUGAUCAAAAAUUGAGUCUUCUUGCAAUCGAGUGAAAAACAUUGCUACUAACCAAGCUUGUAGAUUUUGUAUGAUCACUAAUAUUUAGUUUUCGUAAACAUGCAUUCUAGUCAUUAGCCAAAUGGUAAUUUUUAGCAUAGUAUCUUAUUAUGGCGUUUCGAAAAGGCGCCUGAAAUUUGUACAACAGUACAAUAUUUUAUUUGCACCAAAAAGAGCGCUAAGAGUUUUACAUACAUGAACAAUGUUCUUCCAUAACAUAAUAAUUGUAGAUGUAUAUUAAGAAAGAAUAUGAAUUUAACUACUUAUAUGCGGAGUUCUUCCGAUUAGUUUAAUUUUUGGCAUAUCGUAUUUGUACCUUCUGUAGAUUGACUGUGUUCUCUAGUUUCUAACCCACCUUUAUAAGACUUAAAUUAUAGGAGUGCCUUUUGAAUACAAUACUGACUUUCAAAGUAGUUAUUUUUGAGAAAAUCUGGCAACACAGCGAAACGAAUUUGUAAAGAGUGUGUAAAUUAUAAACUAUAUCGAUUCGACAACGUUGCCAAUUUCUCUGUUGUUAUCGUUUACCGUCUAAUUUAUAUUUACAAUGUUAGAUGAAAAUUAUAUUUUUUCGCUUUGUCAGAGAGCAUUAUACUUCACCUAUGUUUAUUUGUAACAUUUUUGUUUUACAAUAAAAAUAUUUAACGUUG